AUGCCAUUAUAGGCUGAAUCUACAGAACCUAUGGCAGCAUUGGCUUCCUUGAUAGAAAUUUGCAUGGUCGUUAAAUGUAAAUAUAAUUUUUUAUUUUCAAACUUCAUCAAAAUAGUCAAAUCUAUGGGAAUUUCUUAUAAACUAGCAUCAAAGAUUAAUUUUAAAGCCACAACAAGGGUUAAUAAAAGUAAAUAAUAUGUAUAUGCAUUAACUACAUUAUACCAUAUAAAACAAUAGAAAGAGAUAAUUUAUAUUGAUGAAACAGGAUUAGGUAAGGAUUACAUUAGACCUAAAGUUUGGUGUAAGAAAAAUUAAUCAUUUUUUAUUGAUAGAAUGGAUAUUAGAGAUAGGAUAAACAGAAUUGGGGGAAUCAGCAAGGAUCUUUUAUUGUAUUAGUGCGUAAGAUGCAAUGUGAAUGCAGAGCUCAUUAAAAAUUACCUAAUUAAAUUAGUUCAUGUUUGUAAUUAGCAAUAUGGAUUGAGUAAUUAUGUCUUCGUGUUUGAUAAUGCUUCAGUUCAUAAGGAAAAUAACCUGACUAAAGAGGUUUUAAAAUAUGUUAAUCAUGUCUAUUUGCAUCCAUAUAGUCCAAAAUUAAACCCUAUUGAGUAUGUGUGGAGUGACUUGAAAAGAAGAUUAUCAAAACAAGAUUGUCGUACAAGUUUAAAAUUGAAUUAAGAAAUUCACAGCUGCUUUUCUCAAAUAAAACAAAAGAAUCUAAAAAAUUAUUAAGAAUCAGUGUAUUCAGUUCUGUAAAAGUGCUUGUUAAGAAAAGAAUUGUGA